ACACUACCUUUCCAGUUUGGGACCGCCCCAAUAUGGCGCCCAAAAAACGUGGUGUAACAGACAGCUUGUCCAAAGCGGACAGUGAAGAGAUCAUGGAGAGUUGGGGAUUGGAAUUAGGCUCGAGCGACGACGAGGCCCCCGAUGAGGUCACCUUUGAGGAUUCUAAGGCCCAGGCGCUCCGGAACGUCAAACAGGCCCUGGAAAAUGGUAGAAGGGAGAAGGACCUGCUGAAGGAGAAGAGGAAGAAGAGGUUGGAACUGUUCCAGGAGCAGAAGAAAAGAAAACUGCUUUCUGCCAAACUUCUGGAGGAAAUCGACUUGUCGCGGCAGAGCCAGCAAGAAGCUGACGCGAAGCAUCAAGAUGAGGAUGAAGAUCAGGAGAAAAAAACACGGAAGGAAAAACUGAAACACUCCAGAAUGCUGAAGGGGAACUACAAAGUGACGACAGUGAAACCUCUAACACUGGCGUCUUCUCAGCAGAAGGCGGCCGAGGAUUUCCUACAUUCGCGGCUUUAUGGCGAGGGAAGUUGCCGUACCACCACUAACGAGAUGCUGUCCCUUCAAAAUAAGACGUCAAGGACCAAAGGCGCAGCCUUUUGCUUUGUCAAGAGCAAUUGGGCUCCCGAGCAAAAGAUCAAAGCGGAGAACCUGAAGCGACGCUGGAUACACAAACAUGUUCCCUCUAGCUGAUCGGACCGUUGCAAAGAUGCCCACUCGCCGUGCCUGGAUGCCAAACGCUGUUGUCCGUUGAAAGCGAGUCCACCCUGAGACUAAAUGUUGUCCACUUUCCAUCUUGAGUGAGGACCAAUCACGGACAAGUAUUAUUUUGCGCGAGGACAGUGUUGCCAUGGCACCCGGUCUUCUGCCCACAUGUCAUUGGGACAAGUUGCCAAUGGCAUGGAAUUGUGGGUAAUUUGUCACGUUAUCUUUGGACAUACCUUUUUAUGUUGCGAUUAAAAUCGUUUUUCCUCGA